GCGGCGGCGGGCCGAGGGGGCGCGGGGACACGGCCGGGCGCCCCUGCCCGCCGCGGUGCCCGCCGCCUGAAGGCUGCCCGGGGCGCGGAGCCGGCGCCGGCGCGGCGCGGGCGCAGGAGGCACUCGAGGCGCGAUGUCGGUGCCGCUGCUCAAGAUCGGGGUUGUGCUCAGCACCAUGGCCAUGAUCACCAACUGGAUGUCCCAGACGCUGCCCUCGCUGGUGGGCCUCAACACCACCAAGCUCUCGGCGGCCAGCGGCGGGACGCUGGACCGCAGCACCGGCGUGCUGCCCACCAACCCUGAGGAGAGCUGGCAGGUGUACAGCUCUGCCCAGGACAGCGAGGGCAGGUGUAUCUGCACGGUGGUCGCCCCCCAGCAGACCAUGUGCUCACGGGAUGCCCGCACGAAACAGCUGAGGCAGCUGCUGGAGAAGGUGCAAAACAUGUCCCAAUCCAUAGAGGUCCUGGACAGGCGGACCCAGAGAGACUUGCAGUACGUGGAGAAGAUGGAGAACCAGAUGAAAGGCCUGGAGUCCAAGUUCAAACAGGUGGAGGAGAGUCAUAAGCAACACCUGGCCAGGCAGUUCAAGGCGAUAAAAGCGAAAAUGGAUGAACUUAGGCCUUUGAUCCCUGUGUUGGAAGAGUACAAGGCCGAUGCCAAAUUGGUAUUGCAGUUUAAGGAGGAGGCCCAGAAUCUGACGUCAGUACUUAACGAGCUGCAAGAGGAGAUUGGCGCCCAUGACUACGACGAGCUUCAGAACAGAGUGUCCAAUCUUGAAGAGAGGCUCCGUGCAUGCAUGCAAAAACUAGCAUGUGGCAAGCUGACGGGCAUAAGCGACCCCGUGACCGUCAAGACGUCCGGCUCCAGGUUUGGGUCUUGGAUGACGGAUCCUCUGGCCCCAGAAGGUGACAACAGGGUCUGGUACAUGGACGGCUACCACAACAACCGCUUCGUCCGCGAGUACAAGUCCAUGCUGGACUUCAUGACCACGGACAACUUCACGUCCCACCGCCUCCCGCACCCCUGGUCCGGCACCGGGCAGGUGGUCUACAACGGGUCCAUCUACUUCAACAAGUUCCAGAGCCACAUCGUCAUCCGGUUCGACCUGAAGACCGAGAGCAUCCUCAAGACGCGCAGCCUGGACUACGCCGGCUACAACAACAUGUACCACUACGCCUGGGGCGGCCACUCGGACAUCGACCUCAUGGUGGACGAGAACGGGCUGUGGGCCGUCUACGCCACCAACCAGAACGCCGGCAACAUCGUCAUCAGCAAGCUGGACCCCGUCUCCCUGCAGGUGCUGCAGACCUGGAACACGAGCUACCCCAAGCGCAGCGCCGGCGAGGCCUUCAUCAUCUGCGGGACCCUCUACGUCACCAACGGCUACUCGGGCGGCACCAAGGUCCACUACGCCUACCAGACCAACGCCUCCACCUACGAGUACAUCGACAUCCCCUUCCAGAACAAGUACUCCCACAUCUCCAUGCUGGACUACAACCCCAAGGACCGCGCCCUCUACGCCUGGAACAACGGCCACCAGGUCCUCUACAACGUCACGCUCUUCCACGUCAUCCGGUCGGACGAGCUGUAGUGCCCCCGCCCCCCCCGGCCUGGGCGCCCCGGAAACGCGUGAAGCAGCUGCCCGAAGCAUCUUCCUGAGACUGCCGAUGCUCGUGGGGAAAACUCAGCAGCAGCCCGGACUCCGGCGUCGCGGGGGCGGCGUGGCCCCCGCGUCCCUCCCGCUCCAGCCGGAGGGCGGCCCGCGGGGGAAGGAGCCUCCCCGUCUUUGCAGCCGGGACUGCAGCCCGGGGCGCCCCGGCUCCCCCAUCCUGGUCCCCUUUCUGGUCAAUGAACACACUCAAGAAGUCAGGCGAUGACUGUUGGCCAGUUCUCGCCGAGAACACCCCGCUGUUAGGAUUGCAUGGACUCGUCCGUAGAUUGUGGUCCGCGCGCGCGCGCGAGGGACGUGAGUGUCGUGUGUCACGGAGAGCCCCCCGGGGCCGCGCUCGGCGUCGGCGCGGGCGGUGUCAGCUCGUGUGACUCACUUCCCAUCCCCGCUGCCGUCCCGGGACCGCGUCUUAGAGGAACUGGGCCGAGACUCCGCGUCGCCGUGGACCCGAGCCCUGUCCCCGCCGAGCGGUGGCCGGCGCGUGGCGUGGGCGGGGGCAGCCCCAGACCUUUGAAUCCGCGUACCCCGUAGCUAGAUCGUACAGUGUCCGUCUGUCGUUCCCUUGAGGUGGUGACUCGUAUGUUUAGUUUAUGCCAUGAAUGUUGUAAGUGCAAUGCCGUAGUUUGGAUUCACACGUGGGUGGUUUCGUGUCUAAAAAGGUAAGAAAAAACCCCACACACAUCAGUGUUCACCCUUAUAGAGAGAUGACGGGGUUCAUGUUGGUAAUAGUUAAAGGAAUUAUCCUCUUCCUGUUAAAGGACCUCGGUAAGGUCAGCACGGAUGGGAAGCGCUUAUCCAGGGAAACCCCGGUUUCCGGUGGGAAGGAAGCGUUCCCGAGGGCAACGGUGUGCGGAAAAGACAUUUUUAAGAAAAAAAAGAGGGAACCUUUGUACUCUCUGGUGGACUAAGGAACAAUAAAAGUCGUAGGAGAU